AAAUUAUUACUUGAGUAAUCUCCCUUGGAGAUUCACAUCCGGUUCUAUUAUACAGCAGUUUUUCCAAUCGUAGCGUUGUCAACUUGCAACAGCCUAGCGUACAAACAUAACAAUUUAAAUUAAAGAUGAGUAUUUUAGCCUACAAUGGUGCUGCCAUCAUGGCAAUGAAAGGUAAAGACUGUGUAGCCAUUGCAGCAGACAGGCGUUUUGGUGUGCAGGGGCAGACUGUGAGCAUGGACUUUGACAAGGUGUUUGAAAUGGGCCCUCAUUUAUUUGUUGGCUUGCCAGGGCUUGCAACAGAUGUCCAAACAGUGUUUCAAAGAUUAAAAUUUCGACUUAACAUGUAUGAACUCAGAGAGAAUAGACGCAUCAAGCCAAAAACAUUUAUGAGUAUGGUCUCAAACUUGCUUUAUGAAAGGAGAUUUGGUCCCUACUUUGUGGAGCCUGUGAUAGCUGGUCUUGAUCCUAAAACACAUGAACCAUACAUUGCAUCAAUGGAUCUGAUUGGCUGCCCCAUGGAAACCAAUGAUUUUGUUGUCAGCGGGACAUGUUCAGAACAAAUGUAUGGCAUGUGUGAAUCUUUGUGGGAACCUAAUUUGGAGCCUGAUGAUCUGUUUGAGACAAUAUCUCAAGCUUUGAUGAAUGCAUUUGAUCGUGAUGCAGUUUCAGGUUGGGGUGCUGUUGUCUACAUCAUAGAAAAAGACAAGGUAACCAAGAAAUUUUUGAGGACUCGCCAAGAUUAAUUUUUCAUCUUAAUGUUUCUCAAAGCAACUUGAUCACCUUUUUUUUUAUGUUUACUUUGUCCAUCAUUAUUUACUCAUUCAUUGUCAUUUUUUCAAAAUGCGCAUUUUUCAGUAAAUUAAAUAAAUUGUUUCAUGUUCACAA